ACCGGGAAAGGUACAUAAGACACCCGCACCUGCUUCAUAUCCAUCCAUAUCAUCGAUAAACAACUCACCACAGCUCCGACUUCCGUACAUCGCCCAGCAUGUUGUUCUCCACUGCUACAAUUCUUCUGCUCUCCUCAACCGCACUCGCAGCACCCACUACCCUCCUUCCCCGCGCUGCUCAGUGUGGUCAAUACCAAUCUCAGUCAUCUGGGCCAUACACGCUCUACACCAACGGCUGGGGCUUCUCCUCCGGAACGGGCUCUCAAUGCUCUCAGAUCGACAGCUAUAGCAGUACAGCUGGUUUAGCCUGGUCAACAACAUGGUCAUGGUCUGGCACGCCCAACCAAGUCAAAAGCUACACGAACGUCGACACGGGCUUUACGAAGAAGCAGAUCGGUAGCUAUACGAGUAUGCCGACGACGUGGAAGUGGAGCUACACUGGAACCGAUUUGCGGGUCAAUGUGGCGUACGAUACCUUCCUCGGCUCAUCAGCCAGCGGAACCAACCUCUUCGAAGUCAUGGUCUGGCUCGGUGUCUACGGCGGCGUAUCACCCUUGUCCGCGAACGGAUAUCCCUUCACACCCAUCGCUACCGUCACCAUUGGCGGCCAGAUAUUUGACCUUGCCUACGGCCUCAACGGCUCCGUCAAGGUAUACAGCUUCGUAGCUCGCGGCGGUCGAGCGACAAACUUUAGCGCUGACUUGAACCUGUUCUUUAAAUACCUGUUGGCAAACUAUGGAAGCAAUGGUUUCACGAGUAGUUUGUACUUGCAGGUCGUGCAGGCAGGCACGGAGGUGUUUACUGGAAGCAACGCGAAGUUGACUACGACGGCGUAUUCUAUUGCCAUCAACUAAGCAAUGAGGUAUCGCAUACCUCGUAGCACGUUACAAGACUACUCGGAAGUACUGUCCCAGUCGUCGAUGUUGAGCAGAUGUAAGGUCAAGCAAAUGUACAGUCU